GAAAUUGUUCAGGAUGAAGAUUUUUGUGGCUGCAUUAACUUUCCUUUUCCUCUCCGUGUGUAUAGAUGAAGUCACCAAUCAGUCAGAGGGAGAAGCCAGUGACACAGACGUCAUUCAGACACCUGGUGGCCAAGAUAGUGGCACAGCCGAAGGCCAGAAAACCAGUGGACAUCUGCUUGUCAUAUUAACAGAGCUAGAAACUAAACUUAGAGACACUCAGAGAGAGAUGGAGGUCCUGAAGUCACAAGUUCAAGGCAACAAGGUAGCAUUUGGAGCAUCAAUAAGUACAGGUGAAAAUAUUGGACCUUUUAAAACUGAAAUCACACUGGUCUACAAAAAGGUCUAUGUGAACACAGGAUCAUUCAACUCGGCAACAGGUAUUUUUACAGCCCCUGUCAGAGGAAUCUAUUACUUCAGCUUCUCUGGACAUAAUAUUUCAUCUAAACCAAUGGGCCUGCGACUGAUGAAGAAUGGAGAGCAGAUGGUCACUGUCUUCAACCAUCCUGCUGGAAACCGUCAUGAGACAGCAACCAAUGGGAUGACUCUGCAGCUUGAAGUUGGAGACCACGUUUACAUGAGACUGCGUGUAAACACCUGGAUUUUUGACAAUUCAAAUGAUCAUAGUACCUUCAUUGGCCAUUUAUUAUUCCCUUUGUAAGUUUUGUGAACAAUUAACACCCUUUGAUAAAAGUUAAAUAGAAAUUCAAAAAAAUUAAGAGAUGGAUUUGAUUUAAGAGGUAAUAUUUAGUUGAAUUGAAGGGUCAGAUUUUAUCUUUGUAAAUUAUGUCGUAAAUAUGAGAUAAACUGUGAUGCAUAUAUAAUCAAGAAAUUUCAAAAUCAUCUUUUAUCUAACCAGUGUUGGUGCUGAACAAUUUGUCAAUUUCUUUGGAAAAUCUAUGUGAGGAUUUCUCAUGUUCUUUUAUCGAGUUUUUAAAAUUUUUUUACAAGCAGGUAGAAAUCUCAUUUUCCAACUUGAAGAAAUAAAUAAAUAAGUUUCAUUUCAUAAGCCAGUCAAAUUGCCUGGUCACGUUGUCAGAAUAACAGUAUAGUCUGAAAGGAUGCUCUGUCGUAAACUAUGGCUAAAGUUUUGACAAGAAUUGUAAAUUAUAACUUUGGGAGAUCAAUGGCAAGAGACUGGACAAAAUUCAUGUUUUAGCUUUUGCACUAAUUUGUUGACAAACCAUACUACUGUAAUUCAGAAAAACAAAGACAGCAAUGCAAAGCUCAAAGGGAAAGAAACAGAACUGGAAACAUAAGACAGUCUUUAGGAAAACUGUACAUGCAGUGCUUUAGCAAUUAGAUUGUUAUAAUUUUUUGUAUAACAUAAUUUCAGAGAUGCUCACAUCUCCCAAAUUAAACCUUUGGUCUCCAGACCUUUGCAGAUCCUCUUCACCCAGUUAGCCCAUUAAUGAACAUCUUAUGUUCAAUAGAGACAUUAUUGUGGGACUUGCUGCUCUCGUUGGGAGUUCUUUCCACUGGUUGACAUGGAAGAAUAUGACGCUGAAGAUUACUUGUAGGUUCCUUCCAGAAACCUGGUCUGUAAUGAACCAACAAAUGUGGCUGAAGAAUCCAAAAUUUAAAUGACCUCCAGAAACCUUGCAAGAUGGGUCCUUUAACUUUUGUAAUCAGAAAACCACAGAGAAAGUAUAAACAUCAUCAAGCGCCCAGUGUAGGUUCUGCAAUUACUUUUAGGAGUUUUGGGGUACUUUUUUUCAGCCUUGUGGUCUCCUAUCAGGGUUAAAUGAGUUUUGGCAUUUGAACAUUUUCCUUGAUCAAAGCUCCAUUCAGUCUAUGAGAGGCAAUCCCCCGGCAACCAUGGAGUGAGGUGCAGGGGUGAUUGUUGGGAGGGAAGGAAGAUGCGCCAGUGGGGUUGUUCAUCCAGGGUGCCAACAGGCUAUGAUCGUCUUUGUAGUUAAUAUUGUUAACAACAAAUUAGACAUAUCCUUUCAUGGUUAA